UUGGGUGUUGGACAAAUAUUUCACAUUCAAGAGAACAGUGGGAUUCUGCCCCAUCAUAAUUAUUUUUUCUCGAAAGAAAGAUGUCAGUCAUAUAUUUAAAUAAUGCUGGAGAGGUCGAGACUCAGGUACAUAGAAAAGCAUUAUCCUUUUCAAAGAAGAUUUUUAAGCUCGAAAAACUGGGCUUUGGCCUUAGCUAAAAACUAUGGAAAUGUCUUGAAAUGGGUUUUGAAAUAGGCCCAAAGUGGAAGGCUUCGCUCCUGCUCUUUCUUCUUCCCCCUUCGAAUCGACCCAGCAAGCAAGUUAGGAUUUUUACGCACACUCACAUACGCCAUAGCCGCCAAACUCGAAGCUUUUAGUGCAGUGUAAUCGACAACACUUCCUGUGUUCUCUCCAACUUCCCAAGUAGCCUCUCUUAUUUUUCUCGGGAAAAUGCUACGACUAGCGAGACCGAAACCUCUAACCUCGUCGUCAUCAUCGUCUUCCUCGUCACUCGAUUCGCUGGCCCACCAAUUCCUCCAACGCUGCUCCGUCAGCAGAACCGCCAAGGGAAAGUCCAAGCUCAAAGCAGGCCAACCCCUCAAGCGCUCCAGGCUCACCACCAAGAAAUCCCCCGGGCCGUCGGACUCUGCCUCCAAGGGCGGCGGCGGCGGCAAGCGCGGCCCCUCCGAGGCCGAAGCCCUAGUCGAGGCGUGCCUCAAAGCGCCGACCCCGCUCCGCUACUUGACCGACAAACAGCGGGCCCGCGAGGCCGAGCGCGAGAAAAUGGGGUUGAUCGGCAAGGACCGGCAGCGAGAGAUCGACAUAUUGAAGAAGGGGAAGUCGAACUUGGCCGUCUCUGAUAAGCCGGAGAUAAUUGGGACCCCAGGUUUGGAUUUGAUCACGCUGGGACUGGUCGAUGCGGAUAAGAUUCCGAAGUAUGAGCUCACGGUAGAGGAUGGAAGGCGGCUUGCGAAGGAGUAUUCUAGGCUUUUGAUGAGGAGGCAUAGGGCGAGGCAGGCUGCGGAGAGUAAUUUGUUGCGUAUGAAGAAGGAGGCGAUAGAAGCCUUGCCGGAGAAGCUGAGAGAGGCGGCACUGGUGCCGGAUUUGACGCCUUUCCCUGCAAACCGCUUCAUGGCGACACUCACGCCACCAAUUGAAGGGUACAUUGAGAAGGUCAAGGAGGCUGCGAGGAAGAGCUCGGCCAAGGAGAAGCUUAGAUGAUAAUGGAUGAAGGUCGUGAUCAAAGGUAAGAUGUGCAAAGCUAGGGACUGUUGAAACUGUUGUGAGAGCAACUGAAGCUAGAAAGCUUUUCUUGAUUUGAGGAAAGCAUCUUUCGAAGAGGGGACUGGCGAAUUGGGGUGCUAGUAAGCCUUAGUCUCCUCAUUAGGUCUUUGCUCUUUCUCUUGUUGGGAUUUGUGAAUGACUGAAAAAUUCUAAUAAAUUUGCCUACUUCGGCUUUUAGGACUUUACAAGUGCUUGGAUCUUCCAUUUGCUGCGCAAAGCACCAUCCAAACUGUGUGUAUUUUGCGCAUGGAAAUCUCAACGUUUGUCAUUACCUUCCUUUUCCCCUUAA